GACCCCGGGAAGUUGGUCUUUGGCAAACAUUUCACCGAUCACAUGCUCACCGUGGAGUGGACGCAGGAACAUGGCUGGAGGAAGCCCCACAUCAAACCCUUCCAAAACCUCACUAUGCACCCGGCCUCUUCGGCCUUCCACUACUCUGUGCAGCUCUUUGAGGGGAUGAAGGCUUUCCGAGGCCCAGAUAAGUGCGUCCGCCUUUUCCGUCCCAUGCUGAACAUGGAACGCAUGUUCCGUUCCACUCUCCGCGCUUGCUUGCCCCCCUUUGACAAGUUCGAGUUACUCGAAUGCAUCCGGCAACUCAUCCGCGUGGACCAAGACUGGGUCCCCCACUCAGACUCGGCCAGCCUCUACAUCCGCCCCACCUUCAUCGGCACCGAGCCCUCCUUGGGGGUGGCCAAGUCAACCCACGCCUUGCUGUUUGUGAUCCUGGGGCCUGUGGGCCCAUAUUUCACCACCGGCAGCUUCAACCCCGUCUCUCUCCUGGCUGACCCCCGCUUUAUCCGGGCCUGGAUAGGCGGGGUCGGUGACUACAAGAUGGGUGGCAACUAUGGUCCCACCAUUUAUGUGCAGAGCGAGGCCGCCAAACAGGACUGCCAGCAGGUCUUGUGGCUCUAUGGAGACGACCACCAGGUGACUGAGGUUGGGACUAUGAACAUCUUCAUGUUCUGGAAGGACCAGCAGGGAGAUAUGGAGCUGGUCACCCCUCCGCUGAAUGGGAUCAUCUUGCCUGGCGUGAUCCGACAGAGCCUUCUCGAUCUCGCGCGCAAAUGGGGGGAAUUCAAAGUUUCAGAGAAGGUGAUCACAAUGGCCGAGCUCAUCAGAGGCUUGGAGGAGAACAGGGUCAAGGAGGUGUUUGGCUCGGGCACAGCCUGCGUCGUUUGUCCCGUGAGCAGAAUCUUCUACCGGAGCAAAUUUUACCACAUCCCCACAAUGGAAAACGGGCCGGAGAUAGCGAAACGGUUUCUGAAGGAGCUGACAGAUAUUCAGUACGGCCGUAUUGCCAGCGACUGGGCCCAGCCCAUCUGACACAGGCUAAGCAGCCCCUGCCAGACGCCUCUUCUUCCCCCCC